GACUCGAAAGGCAAGCGGAGUUGGGAAAUAACAUUGCAAGGGGUGAAAAUAUACAACAAAUACAAACGGAUACGAGAUAGCGGUACUGAUCUGACUAGGCCACGUACGGCAUCGGUGCUCAGUACCAUUCCACGCCAACACCGCGGGACAAAGAGGCCAUCACGAGUCAGGAUAUGUGCACGGCGCUGGGCAGAAGCUACAACGUUGCAGAGAUAUCACUCCGAAACGAGGGUCGUUGACGUAUGAGACCACACGGCAAGGGGAUGGAUGAUGCAUCAAAUGCGGAUAGGCGAAACCGAUUUACAUUGGUGCGACAGUGCCGAUGGAACAAGAGAAAUGAGCGGUCUUGAUGGACGGCCGCUGGCCACGUAUGGACAAGAUGGACCUGCAUUCAACCGCAAAGGUGUGGAGAUAAGACCACAAUCUGAGUCUCAAGCCGAGUUGCAGUACGUCUUCCCAGCCAGAGCGUGAAAGCUUCCUUCCCAGACUCUCAAACAUAGAACUAGAGCUGCCUAGAAAUCUCAGGGCGUAUGGAGUGCCGUAGGCCUCAUGAGACGAACAAGCCAGAAGAACGUGGCGACGAGCACGGCGACGUCCAGAUCAGAAGAGCCAAUUUGUAGCGACGUAUAUCAAAUAGAGUGGGCCUCGUGUCAAGUGAUAAGAGCCUUCCGGGGUGAGACACGCGGCGUGAGAGAUAAGCGGGAUCCAGCGGUGACAGCGAGGGCACCCUGAGUGGUAGACGGGCACUUGGCGGGUGCUGAUGAAGACAUCUACUCUGCUCUAGCAAGGCGAGCGCGACGAUGGCUGGCCAAGUGGCGAACAGAGACCCGGGGGCGCGGAUAUGUUUGAGUAUGUCUGACCAGCAGUGAGAGAACCAGGGCGACAGAAAGGACAGGUGAAGUGCGGGCGCUGUAACAAGUGGAUUUGAUGGAGGGCGAUUGAGCGGGUAAACGAAUCAAAGGAGAUGUCCCGAUGAUGGAGAUCCCAUGGGAGACAGGCGAUUGUUG